CCGAACGGACGGAGGAUAGCAGUCGUGGGUACAACCUUCCAUCAUCGGGUAUCAGAAACAAGAAAUUCUGCUCGCCAGACGCAAUAAAGUGCGAACUAUAAUAAUUUUUUUUUCUUGAGGUAUUUUUUGAACGAAAUGUGGCGAACGGUGUUGGUGUCGUUCGCGUUUUAUGUGUCGAUAUUUCCGGCUACUACUGUUAACGGUCAGAAACAAGAGAGCGACUUCGAGUGUCCGACUGCCACCGGAACCGGAAAUUUCGCAGAUCCGGUCACUUGUAGACGAUUUUAUCAGUGCGUCGAUGGCUUUCCAUACAUGAACAGAUGCCCCUCCGGACUUUACUUCGAUGACAUAAGUAAAUUUUGUACUUUUAAAAACGAGGCGCGAUGCGGACCCAUUGCUUCAACGGUAGCACCUAUAACGGAACCACCUACAGACUUAGCGGAGAAAUGCAACCCUGCAGAGUGCGCAUUGCCAUACUGUUUCUGUUCGAAAGAUGGUACCCUGAUCCCUGGUAACUUGGAACCUGAAAACACUCCUCAAAUGAUCCUGCUAACGUUCGACGGGGCCGUCAACUUGCAGAACUUCGAUCACUACAAAAAGGUGUUGAACCCCAAGAGGAAGAACCCCAACGGAUGCCCCAUUAAGGGCACCUUCUACGUGUCUCACGAGUACAGCAACUAUCAAAUGAUCCAGACGCUCGCAAGUGAGGGACACGAGAUCGGAGUCGAAACCAUUUCUUUGCAAGCAGGCCUAGAAAAUAAGGGUUACGAAGAAUGGGUCGGAGAGAUGAUAGGAAUGAGGGAGAUCCUCAGACAUUUCGCCAACAUUUCCAAAAGUGAGGUGGUAGGCAUGAGAGCUCCUUUUUUGAAACCUGGAAGAAACACUCAGUAUAAGGUUAUGGAGGAAUUCGGAUUUAUUUAUGACAGUUCUGUUGGUGUCCCUGCUCUACCGAUCCCCGUAUGGCCCUACACCCUGGACUAUAAAAUCCCACACGAGUGCAAGUCAGGCACUUGCCCCACAAAGUCAUUCCCUGGUGUAUGGGAAGUGCCCUUAAACACUCACUACGUAGAAGACUUCGAGGGAGGCCACUGUCCUUAUUUGGAUCAAUGUGUCCUGCACAAUCACGAUCCUAAUGACGUGUUCGAAUGGUUGCAGGAGGACUUUUUAAGGUAUUAUGAUCAAAACAGGGCGCCCUACAUGAUGCCCUUCCACACCAACUGGUUCUCGAUUAAGGAGCUCGACAAGGGAUUGGAAAAGUUCUUGGAUUGGGUGAUCACUCUUCCUGACGUAUGGUUCGUAACCACCACGCAAGCCCUAACCUGGAUGACCGACCCCAAAGGAGUGAAACAACUGAACAACUAUGAGCCGUGGAACUGUAACAAAAGGGAAACUCUUCCUCCCACCCCCUGUAAAACACCCAACAAAUGCGCGUUAUCUUUUAAAAAGGAAAACUUUACGGACACACGGUAUUUGGAGACUUGUAUAGACUGUCCCAACCAGUAUCCGUGGUUGGGCGACGCAACCGGAUCAGGUAUACCCAAUAAGGACAACUAUGUCCCAGAUAACGUGUGAGCGGGAGAGAGAAAGACAGUGAACGAACGUGUAUGUGUGAAUGAGUGCGAGUGUGCUGGUACGAGUAGUGUAUUAAUUGAAUUUACCUCAUUGAAGUGUGUUAAUUUUUGAUUUCUGCCCUGGUAUUGUAUGUAGGUUUUAAGAUAUUGAGUUCAUGCUAUCCGGAACUGUAUCAUGUAAAAGUUGGUAAUACUGUAAGGCAAUAAAUUAUUGUUUUCUUUAAAUA